AAAAAAUAUUAUAUAAUAAAGAAAUAUAGUUGAUUUGGCCGUAAAUAGAUUUCUUAAAUUAUUUUGCCAUUCUUAAUCCGAUAUCAAAAGACUCGAACGCCGGUGUUGUCAGAUGUUUUGCUGAUGGGUUGUGCCACGUAAAGUCGUGUAAGGUUUUGAUCUUGUAAUUGGGACAUGUCUGGUAACCCUUCUGCUGGACCACAGAAUUCGUCUCUCAGUCAGUACUUCGAUCAGAGUAGUAGUAGUAUUUUUGAUCAGAUCUCUCAAGCUGCUGAAGAUGUUGCUCCAGGAUGUGUCAAUGAACAGCUGCCAGGUGGGGUAGAUACCUCUACCCAGGCACUUAAUCAGGGGUAUGGUCCUCACACAGAAACCCAGCAAUUCCUAGAUCCAUCAUCCUUUGCUCCACCAGGAAACCUUCCUAAGGCUCCACUUACCAUCACAUCAUGUCCUCCGGGUGCUCAACAAAAUAAUGUAUCAAAUUUGAAUAUUACUGCUGGUGGAUUAAAGACACCAAAUAAUCAGAAUGUCCCUCAGCAAGCAUCAGAUUUUCCUCCAGGUGUUGGAAAUAGCCAAUUAAGAGUUGCUGUACCAGUCCAGUCAUCACAACUGACUCAGAAUGCCCCAUCUAUUCUGUCUCCUGGUCCAUUAACACCUCAGUUUAAUCAAGGUGGCCAGAAAUUUUUACAUUCCACACCUGUUUCAUCACAGAGCACUGCUUAUCCCCCACAUUCCUUAAGGCCUCUAACUCCUGGUCAACCUGCAAUGAUGAUGAGUAUGUCUGCAUCAAUGCUUGUUACUGAUACUUCUCCAAAUGCAAGUAUGGACAUGGAAGCCACUACUGUAAAGUUUCGUCAGGCUAGUCUUGAAGAGACUUCUCCAAUGGCUUCAUCCCAGGCUGUACAGGCAAACAGUGGUGGUGCCUCUUUAGGUAUUGUACCUGUCACAAAUACCUUAACAAGUGUGCCCAUAGGGAUGAUAACACCUUCCAUACCUAAAAAUCAAGCAGCUUCUUUGCAAGACCCAUCAAAUGAUAAGUCUAAUCAGAGUGAGUCAAAACUUUAUAAAUAUUUCAACAACAAGACAGCAAGUCCUUUUGAUAACAUUACAUCUCCAGCAUCUGUAGGUGGUGGGAAUGAUUCUGCAAUGAUGAAUCCUGUGUAUAUGUCACCAACAGAUAACUUCAACAUAAGUAAUGCCAUUCCAUCUCCAGAUUCCUUCUUAACACCAGCAACAGAGCAGGAUGUCUUUACAGCAAGCCUUCUUUCUAGUGAUGCUGAUCGAAGACACGAUGCUUGGAUACCCUCUGAAAGUACGAAACAAGCUCUGGGUGCCAUGGCAACAAACCCUCCUGGGACAUACUUCCCUGAAAAGGAACUUUUAACAAUGCCAGGGAUUGCUAUUAAAGAAGACUUUGGUGACCCAGUCAAAAAUCUUGUGAGGACAUACCUUGGUGAAGAUCCUGCAAUGAAGCGUGUGGUAUUAACUGCUGCAUCUGUUACUCAGGAUGAUCGUGGCUUAAGACAGCUGAUUGCUGCAGGAUGCUACCAUGCUGCUGUGAAUUUAACAACCCAGCUUCUUACUGUUUAUGGUCAAGGAGAAGGAAGAGCAGGUCAUCCCAGCAAACAUACAGCUCAUUCCAUUCAGCUUUGGUUCACAAGAAUUGCUCUUCUUAUAAAGCUGCGUAGAUUUUCCUUAGCUGAGGUUGAGUGCCAGUAUUUUGGGGAUUUGGAUGCUCCAGACUUAUAUUUUGAAUUUUAUCCCGAGCUAUAUGGAGGCAGGAAAGGUUCCAUGGUACCAUUUGGAUUCAGGUUGUUGGUAGCAGAACUUCCACAGUAUCUAGGAAAGCAUACUCAAGCUCUGGACAGACUUAGUGCUCUUCAAAGAACUUGUGACCAGAUAAUUGAAAAUUUAAGUAAUGGAUUAAGUGAGGAUGGAAGUAAUUUAGAAAUGAGUACAAACAUGCGUGAUGAUUCACUGAAGCUGUGGAAAACACGUAGAUUACGAGUAAUCUAUUCUAUCACAAACUGUGCAGUUAGUUUAAAGGAUUUCCGAUUAGCAGGUGGACUCUUGGAGCAGUUAAUUGAAGAAGAUCCCAAUUCUGCUGCUGGUCUGUAUUCAGCGUUAGGGAGGCUUUGCCUGCAGCUGGGUGAUGUAACUGCAGCACAGGAUACUUUUAAUCAGUACCUCGAGCAUACUUCUCCACCACCAAACCAUGAUCCAGUGCAGGGACUUUUACACUCUGCUUACAUUUCUAUCGCACAGAAUGCUUUCAAGGAUGCCACCGAGAUUCUUCAGCAAGCACAUAAGAUCAAUCCCAAUAAUGGACUUGUUAUCAACAACUUGGGAGUCUGCCUUAUGUAUACUGGUCGUGUAAGUGAUGCAAUAAAGCUAGUUGAGGGGGCAGUUUUCUCCCAACCAGAAAGGUUCCUCCAUGAGGCUGUAGUUCUUAAUUUGGCCACUAUGUAUGAAUUAGAAUCAUCUAAUGCACACCAGAACAAAUUGAAACUCCUUUCCCUCAUUGCUCAACAUAAAGGGGAUUCCUUUAAUGUAGCUGCUCUCAAACUUCAGCCUCAGUAACAACUAACAACAUUAAAGUAGUUUAAAUCCUAACAUAUGCUGUAGAUGUACAUAAUCAAGUUAAUGUUCUUAAUAUCUAUAAUGUUUCAGUUGCAUGUAGCUGUGUAAUUAACCUUGUGAAAGUAAUAAAGGCUAAUUUACUGCUGAUCAGCCAGUUUGAGUCGGGUGCAAUAUGCUGUAAUGUGGUACUUUGCCCAAUAGUCAACGUGUGAAUGUUUGAAGUAGUUCUUCCUGUGUCAAAGUGAAUAUAGACUUGUAACAAAAACUGUACAAAAACAUACUGGUUAUACAUUCAGAAUACAUACUUAGUUCCAUAUGAAUAAACAUGUAUAAACUAUACCAGUGGUAAAAAACUCAACUGCUUUAAGUACCAUUAAACUUUGCUCUUUUAUCCUUUAGUGAAUGUAUAAGAAAUUUUAAAAUGAAAAACAAAUAUUGCUUUGAAAAUAAUGCAAUUUUUCUGACCGUAUUCUGAGUGAUAUACCUACUACUGCCAAUAACUACAGAAGAAAUAUGAAUGAUAGAACAGUAGCAAUGUUAAUAACAUUCAUUGAAACUGGAUUCUGAAAACUUUUACACGUUUAGUGACUUGGUAUACAAAAAAUUCUUGUAUAAUGAACUUCAUUUUGAAGUGAUUGGUAAUGAAGUUUCUUGAACAUUUUUUGGAGUAUCUAGAUGGUAAUGUUUGACUGGUUAUGGAAGGAAGAAAAUAGACAUUAACAUUUCUAGCAACGGUUGGAAGUUUUACACCUGUGUAUCAAAAUAUUUUGAAACAAACUGUUUAUUAUGAAAGAAAAAACUAAUACACAUGGUCAAACUAAAUCCCUAACACAAAUACCAAAUGUGUUUCAACAACAUAUUGUCACUAAAAGUUUGGCAAUUUAAUUUUACUUCAGUGCUGAUAUAAGCUACAAUGUUACUUGCAGGGGCGUUUUUGAGGUAUGUAAAUGUUAAAGGGCAAAGAGCAUCCAUAUUCAUGAUCUUUAGGGACAUAAGUAAAUAAAGAACAAGUAUUAAGUCUGGUUUGUAAAUUGUCAAGACCGUUGUAAUUACUGAAACUUUGUUGUAUUUAAUAAAGUUUUGUAAACAAAU